CGCCAUGUCGGGCGGGCCCCCCAAGGCCCUGCCGUCCACGGGGCCCCACUCCCUGCGUGACAUGCCGCACCCGCUGGCCGGCUCCAGCAGCGAGGAGGCCGUGGGCGGCGACAGCACGCCCAGCCCGGACCUGCUGAUGGCCCGCAGCUUCGGCGACAAGGAUCUCAUUUUGCCCAACGGUGGUACUCCAGCAGGCACUUCAAGUCCCGCUUCUUCAUCUUCCCUUCUCAACAGACUUCAGCUUGAUGACGACCUUGAUGGUGAGACCAGAGAUCUCUUUGUCACUGUUGAUGAUCCCAAGAAGCACGUCUGUACAAUGGAGACCUACAUCACCUAUAGGAUCACCACCAAAAGCACUCGGGUGGAGUUUGACCUGCCAGAAUAUUCUGUUCGCCGAAGAUACCAGGAUUUUGACUGGUUGAGGAACAAACUAGAAGAAUCGCAGCCCACUCAUCUCAUUCCCCCGCUUCCUGAGAAGUUUGUGGUGAAAGGUGUUGUGGAUCGUUUUUCAGAAGAGUUUGUGGAGACCAGAAGAAAAGCUUUGGAUAAAUUCCUAAAAAGAAUUACAGAUCAUCCUGUGCUCUCUUUCAACGAACACUUUCAUGUUUUCCUUACUGCUAAGGACCUGAACGCCUACAAGAAGCAAGGGAUGGCGCUGUUGACUAGAGUGGGCGAGUCGGUCAAGCAUGUCACUGGGGGCUACAAGCUGAGGAGUCGGCCUCUUGAGUUUGCAGCCAUAGGCGAAUACUUGGAUACGUUUGCGCUCAAACUGGGAACCAUUGAUCGAAUAGCCCAGCGCAUCAUCAAAGAAGAAAUAGAGUACCUUGUGGAGCUGAGAGAAUAUGGGCCUGUGUACUCCACAUGGAGCACAUUAGAGGGGGAACUGGCCGAACCCCUGGAGGGUGUGUCGGCUUGCAUCGGGAACUGCUCAACAGCCUUGGAAGAGCUGACAGAUGACAUGACAGAAGACUUUCUACCUGUGCUCAGGGAAUAUAUUUUAUACUCUGACUCCAUGAAGAGCGUGUUGAAGAAGAGGGACCAAGUGCAAGCAGAGUACGAAGCCAAACUGGAAGCUGUGGCCCUGAGGAAGGAAGACCGGCCCAAGGUGCCAGCAGACGUUGAGAAGUGUCAGGAUCGGAUGGAAUGUUUCAAUGCUGAUCUGAAAGCCGACAUGGAGAGGUGGCAGAACAACAAGAGGCAGGACUUCCGGCAGCUGCUCAUGGGAAUGGCUGACAAGAACAUCCAAUAUUAUGAGAAGUGCCUCAUGGCGUGGGAGUCGAUCAUUCCACUACUGCAGGAGAAACAAGAGGCCAAGUAAGCUCCCUCGUGGGACAGACUCUUCUGCCUACGCGGGGCAUGGCGCACACACCAGAAUGUCCCUGCGGUGCCAGAGAGGCGACACUGGGAAAACAACCACGGAAACAUCUCCCCUUUGUGUAUUUCUUUCCCUUACACCCCUCCCUGUCUGACAGUUGGUUUCAAUUAGUAUUUAUUCCUUGGUGGAGUCUGUAAGGCUAUGAUCCUCUCCCACAGAGGAGGCAUACCUCCGUGCUGUGAAGGAACCUCCUAAAGUAACACUACGGACAUUUGAAACUGAGGGACAAGACAGCCCUCGGCUGACGUUUUGACAUCUCAUUACGGUUUCCUGUUUGGGGACAGCAGAGUUGCCUGUUGUAGACGAGAACCCAUGUCCUGCUUUUCAAGGACGUGAGGAAGGCACACAUAGAAGGCAGCUGUCGCUUUCCUUGGAUACGUGGCAGCUCUGGAAUUGACCUCCGUGGGCAUUGACUUGUCUCAGCCUAGAAGGAGGUGUUGGCACCUCCGUGGAAAGUCCCUCAUGCACAGUGGCCUGCAGCUGUGAGUGUAGCCUGCUGCCUGCUUGUGAUGAAUGACACCUGUUUUAUGGUUUCCAGUUGGUGCAGGACCAUUUAAAUCAGCGUCUAUAUGCAUCCAUGCUAGAGUGAGCAAGCCAGCGUUCUUGUCCUUAUGCGAUGCCCCGGGAAGCUGGGGGAGCAGUGCUCCCCGAACUUGUUUCUGACGCUAGAAUGCAGUAGAUUUGAAACUGUUUUUGUGUAAAAUGAAAAAAGGUGCAUUUUUCUCAGUGA